ACCUGUGGCCUGUGCGCGGCUUUGGGUCCCUCCUCCUCACGCGGUGGUAGUUAUACUCUAGCUGCGGGGCCCUCGCGAGGGUGAUGGAUUUUGAGAAUCUUUUCUCCAAACCCCCCAACCCGGCCCUGGGUAAAAAACCGACCACGGACUUUGAUGAAAGAAUCGAUGAUGGAAUAGAUGAUACAGAAGUUGAAGAAACACAAGAAGAAAAAAUAAAAUGGGAAGUAAAACUGGAAUGUGAGCAAAUACCCAAAAAAUUUAGGCACUUUGGGAACUCUACAACAUCACCGAAGAAUUUGCAAUAUAGAAAAUCAAGAAGUAAGGACUAUGAUGUAUAUAGUGAUAAUGAUAUCUGCAGUCAGGAAUCAGAAGAUAAUUUUGCUAAAGAGCUUCAGCAGUAUAUACAAGCUAAAGAAAUGGCAAAUGCUGCUCAAUCCUUACCAUUUCCUGAAGAAUCAGUGAAGAAAGAGGGAGUGAAGGAUACCCAAAAAGCUGUUAAACAAAAAAAUAAAAACCUUAAAGCUGUUCAGAAAAAUGGUAAACAGAAGAAAAUGAAGCGAAAAUGGGCUGGCGCCGGACAGAAAGGAUCGAACGCUUCACUGCGGAACAGUGGCUCGCAGGAACAGGGUGAUAAACCUAAAGAGAAGCAGCAGCGUGUGAGAAUGAGUCAGGGAUUCAUCAACCAACAUACAGUGGAACGCAAGGGGAAACAAAUUUGUAAAUAUUUUCUUGAAAGGAAAUGUAUUAAGGGAGACCAGUGUAAAUUUGAUCAUGAUGCAGAGAUAGAGAAGAAAAAGGAAAUGUGUAAAUUUUAUGUACAAGGAUAUUGUACCAGAGGUGAAAACUGUCUGUAUUUGCAUAAUGAAUAUCCUUGCAAGUUUUACCAUACAGGAACAAAAUGUUAUCAGGGUGAAUAUUGCAAGUUUUCACAUUCUCCACUGACUCCUGAAACACAAGAAUUGUUGGCCAAAGUUUUGGAUACUGAAAAGAAGUCAUCAUGAAAAUAAAAGGCAUAAAGAUAAGCAGCCUCCCUGCACCAUUCAACUGAAAAGACUGCCCUUUCCCCACUGGUCUGUAAUGCCUGCCCCCUCUACUAUAUAUGUUUCCUUCAAACAAAGAUGGAUUUCUGGGGUAUCUUCUCUGUUUCAUUUCUCUCUUUCUCUAAUACUCUGUCUCAAUUACUGGAACUUUACUGGAUUUUAUAUAGUUUGAUAGUUUAAUGCUGUUCUACACAAAUGCCUUGGCUAUUUGGGGCCCUUUUAAAAAAAUUUUUUUUGGUAAGAUUUUAUUUCUUUAUUUGAGAGAGAGAGAGAGCACAAGUUGCGAGGGGCGGGGGGGAGGGGACAAGCAGACUCCCCGCUCAGCGAGGAGUCCAACACAGGGCUUGAUCCCAGGACCCCGAGAUCAUGACCUGAGUUGAAGGCAGACGCUUAACCGACUGAGCCACCCAGGUGCCCCUAUUUUGCACCCUUUUACUUUGAUACAGUUUUCCCUUGAUACUUUUUGGUAAAUUUACAAAGUGUAAAACUUAAUACUUUUUGGUAAAUUUACAAAGUUGCAUGACAUCACCAUAUUCAAUUUUAGAAUGUUUUUGACACCCACAAAAAAGAUCCUUUGUACCCAUUUUCAUUCACUCCCCAGUCCCAUCUCCAGUCUCCUUUCUGUCUCUAGAUUUGCCUUUUUUGGGCAUUUCAUAUAAAUUUCAGUAUGUGGUCUUUUGUCUGGCUCUUCAUACAGUAUAAUAUUUUUGAGAUUCAUCCAUGCCUUAUAGGUCACUAAUUUUUUUAAUAAUUGCCCCAUUAUUCCAUUGUAUGGUUAGGGAUUUCUGGGUACUAUGGUAAAUAUAUGUUUAACUUUUUAAGAACUGUGACAUUGUUUUCCAAAGCGACUGCAUCAUUUUGCAUUCUAGACAGCAAAGUAAGAAGAUUUUAGUUUCUCAACAUCUUCACCCAUACUUGUUACUGUCACAGUUGUAUCUACUAUGGUUGUAAUUUGCAUUUUUUCUAAUGAUUAAUGGUGUUAAGCAUCUUUUCAUGUGCCAUUGGUCAGUUCAGAUCUUUACCCAUUCUAUAAUUGGAUCAUCAUCUUACCAUUGAGUUGUAAGAGUUCUUUGUUGGAUAAAAGUCCAUUAUCACAUAUAUGAUUUAAAAAUAUUUUGUCUCAAUAUAUGGCUUUGUCUUUUUGUCCUAAUUUGUGCUUGCCUUUUUAAAAUAGUAUCUAUUGAAGCAUGAACACUUUAAUUUUGAUGCAGUAAGUUUAUAAUUUUUUUUAUGGAUCAUGCUUUUGAUGAUGUAGUUCUGUGUCUAACACAAGAUCACAAGAUUUGCUUUUAUGUUUUCUGCUAAAAAUUUGUAUAGUUUUAGCUCUUAUAUUUAUGUCUAUGAUUCCUUUUUGAGUUAAUUCUUAGAAAAGUAUGAGCUAAAGGGGCGCCUGGGUGGCUCAGUUGGUUAAGCGACUGCCUUCGGCUCAGGUCAUGAUCCUGGAGUCCCGGGAUCGGGUCCCGCAUCGGGCUCCCUGCUCGGUGGGGAGUCUGCUUCUCCCUCUGACCCUCCUCCCUCUCAUGCUCUCUGUCUCUCAUUCUUUCUCUCAAAUAAAUAAAUAAAAUCUUUAAAAAAAAGAAAAGAAAAGUAUGAGCUAAGGAUCUAAAUUUUUCUUUUUGCAUAUAGAUAGCCAGUUGCCCCAGCUCCAUUUUAAAAAAAGGUUACCCUUUCUCCACUGAGUUGCCUUGGCACCUUUGUCAGAAAUCAGUUGUCUAUGAAUGUAAGAAUUUCUUUCUGGGGCGCCUGGGUGGCUCAGUUGGUUAAGCGACUGCCUUCGGCUCAGGUCAUGAUCCUGGAGUCCCGGGAUCGAGUCCCGCAUCAGGCUCCCUGCUCGGCAGGGAGUCUGCUUCUCCCUCUGACCCUCCCCCCUCUCAUGUACUCUCUCUCAUUCUCGCUCUCUCAAAUAAAUAAAUAAAUCUUUAAAAAAAAAAAAAAGAAUUUCUUUCUGGACUUUCAGUUGUGUUCUGUUGCUUUAUAUGUUUAUCUUUGUAUGUUAUAUGUUAUGCUCUAUAUGUUUAUCUUUACAUGCUAUCACACUAUCUUGUGAUAGUGUCUUGUGAUUACUAUAGCUUUAUACUAAGUUUUUUUAAAAUAAGGAAAUAUAAGCUGUCAGUUUUAUUCGCCUUUUCAAAGAUUGUUUUAGCUAUUUGGUGUCUUUUGUUUUUCCAUAUAAAUUUUAGGGUCAGCUUGUAAAUUUCUGCAAAAAACCUAUGCUGCGAUUUUGACAGAGUUUGCAUUGAUCUGUGGAGAAUUGCCACGUUCUGUGAACAUGGAAUGUAUCUCAAUUUAUUUAGAUCUUUAAUUUCAGUUUUGUAGUUUUCAGUGCACAGUGUGUUGUUUACGCUUCUUUUGUUAAAUUUAUUUACACACUUUUUUUCCUCUUUGAUGCUGUUGAUGAAAGGAAUGUUUUUUAAACUUCAUUUUUGGAUCAUACAUUCAUAGUGUAGAGAAAGAGAACAAAUUUUUGCAUUUUGAUCUUGUUUUCUGAGACUUUUCUGAACUCAUUUAUUAGCUCUAUAGGUGUAUGUGUGUUCCUUAGGAAUUUCUACAUAUUUUCUGAAAAAUAAAGACAGUUUUACUUCUCCUUUCUAAUCUGGAUGCCUUUUAUUUCUUUUUCUUGAGUGAUUUCAUUGGCUCAAACCUCCUAUGCAAUGUUAAAUGGAAGGGACAACAGACAUCAUGGACUUUUUCCUGAUACUAGGCAAAAAGCAUUCAGUCCUUCACCUUUGUGUAUGAUUCAGCUGUAGAUUUUUCAAGAUACUCUUCACUGGUUUGAGGAAGUUCCCUUCUAUUCUUAUUUUUUCAAGAACUUUUAUCGUGGAUGGGUGUUGGGUUUUGUCACAUGUGUUUUCUGUAUCUACUGAGAUUCUCACAUCAUUUUUUCCCUUUAUUAAUAUGAUAUACUACAAUAUUGGGACAUAUUCAUAUGUUAAAUCAGUCUUGCAUUCUUGAGACAAGUCCCACUUGGUCAUGGUGUAUAACCUGUUUUGAAUAUUUUUGGAUUUGGUUUGCUAAUAUUUUAUGAAGGAGUUUUAUUCUAUUCAUGUAUAACUUUUUUUUUUUUUUUUAAGAUUUUAUUUAUUUUUUAGAGAGCGAGCAAGAGAGAAACAGCAUGAGAGGGGAGAGGGUCAGAGGGAGAAGCAGGCUCCCCACUGAGCCGGGAGCCCGAUGCGGGACUCCAUCCCAGGACCCUGGGAUCAUGACCCGAGCCAAAGGCAGACGCUCAACCAUCUGAACCACCAAGGCGCCCUGUAUAGCUUUCUUUUAUGAUGUCUUUUUCUAGCUUUGGUAUCAGGGUAAUACCAGCUUCCUCGAGUGAAUUGAGAGGUGUUUCUUCUUCCUUUAUUUUCUGGAAGAGUUUUUGAAGGAUUGAUAUUAUUUCUUCUUUAAAUGUGUGGUAGAAUUCACCAGUGAAGACACCUGAGCCUGAGCUUUUCUUUAACAGAAGAUUUUACAUACUGAUUCAAUUUCUUUUGUUUUCAUAGGUUUAUUCAGGUUUUCUUUCUUGAAUCAGUUUUGGUAAUUUGUAUCUUCCUAUUAAUUUUGCCGUUUCAUCUAAGUUGUCUACUUUGUUGGCAUGAAUUUGUCCAUAGUACUGUUUUAUAAUCCUUUUGAUUUCUAUAUCAAGAAGAUUUUUGUAUCAAGAAGAGAUUUCUGUGUCAGUAGUUUUGAGUUCUGUAUCAUACUGAUGUCCCCUUUUUUGUUCCUCAUUUUGGUACUUUUGAGUACCUUUUUUUCUUGGUCAGUGUAACUAAAUGUCUGUUUUGUUGAUCUUUCAAAGAACCAACUUAGGUUCAUUGAUUGUUUGUUUUUUUUUUAUUGAUUUCCACUCAGUUUUUAUUUACUUACUUCCUUCUGCUUGCUUUCUGUUUCGUUUGCUCCUAUGUAGAUUUUAGAGUCAGUUUGCCAAAUCCCUCUUCCCCAGCAAAGCAAAACAAAAACAAAUGCUUUGGGGUUUUUUUAUUGGAAUUUCUUUAGCUGUAUGCAUCAGUUUGGAAACAAUUGACAGCUUUUUGAGAGUGAGUUCCCCAGUCCAUGAAUAUGUUGUCUAUAGCCUUUUGAAUGUCUUUUUGUUAAAGUUAUCAUUUUCCCCAGUGGGCCUACACAUUUUUGUUAUUUUUUUUUCUUAAAUACUUUAUAAUUUUGGAUGUUAUUCUCACUCAUAUUUUUAUUUAUUUUUAUUUUAUUUUUUUUAAAGAUUUUAUUUAUUUGACAGAAAGAGGCUGAGAGAGGGAACACAAGCAGAGGGAGUGGCAGAGGGAGAAGCAGGCUCCCCACUGAGCAGGGAGCCUGAUGCGGGGCUGCAUCCCAGGACCCUGGGACCAUGACCUGAGCCGAAGGCAGACGCUUAACGACUGAGCCACCCAGGCGCCUCCUCAUUCAUAUUUUUAAAGUUGAUUUUUCUGAAUUAGCAACUUUGCUAAUUUCUCUGUUAAAUUUGAUCAUCUGAGUAAGUUUUUCUGGAUUUUUCUGUAGACAUAUCAUCUGCAUAUAAUGAUUUUUAUUCCUUGUGCAGUUCUUAUUUAUUUUUAUUUUUCUUGUGUUGUUGACUAAGGCCUUAAUAGUACAAGAUUUAGAAAAUCAACUGUAUUGAAGUAUACAUUACAUAUAAUGCAUUCAUUUUAAGCUUACAGUUCAGUUACAUUAAGUAUAUUCACACUGUUUUGCAUCCAAUCUUCAGAACUUUUUUAUCUUGCAAAACUGAAACUCUGAACCCAUUAAACAGUAACUACCCACUCCCUCCCUCCCCCAAGCCCUUGGCAGCCACCAUUCUCCUUUAUGUCUCUGUGAUUUUGAUGACUCCAGGUACCUCAUGUAAGUGGAAUCCUCGAGUAUUUGUCUUUUUGUGACUGGCUUAUUUCACUUAACAUAAUGUCCUCAAGGUUCAUUAAUGCAGCAUGUGUCAGAAUGUCCAUCCUUUUUCAGACUGAGUAAUAUUCCAUUAUAUGUAUCUACCACAUUUUGCUGAACCAUACAUCUGUUGAUGGUUACUUGGGUCGCUUCCAUGUUUUAACUAUUGUAAAUAAUGCUGUUAUGAACAUAAUGUACAAAUAUCUUUUUGAAAAUCUCCUUUCAGGACACCUGGGUGGCUCAGUCGGUUGGGCAUCUGCCUUCAGUUCAGGUCAUGAUCUCAGGGUCCUGAGAUUGAGUCCUACAUCAGGCUCCCUGCUCAGCAGGGAAUCCUGCUUCUCCCUCUGCCUGCAGCUCCCCCUGCUUGUGCUCUCUCUCUCAAAUAGAUAGAUAGAUAGAUAGAUAGAUAGAUAGAUAGAUAGAUAGAUAGAUAGAUAGAUAAAAUCUUUGAAAAUCUCCUUUCAAUUUUGGGUUUAUACCGGAUGUGGAAUUGUUGGGCCAUGUGAUAAUUUUGUUCUUAAUUUUUUGAGGAACCACCAUAGUGUUUCCAUAGUAGCUGUACCAUUUUACAUUCUCACCAGAAAUAUACAGGAUUCCAAUUUCUCCACAUUCUCACCAAUACUUGUUACUUUCUUUUUCUUUUUUUAUUUGAUAGUAGCCAUCCUAAUGGGUAUGAGGUAGUAGGCAUCUCAUUGUAGUUGUAAUUUGCAUUUUCCUAAUUAGUGAUGUUGUGCAUCUUUUCAUGUGCUUAUUGGCCAUUUGUAUAUCAUCUUUGGAGAAAUUCAAAGACUACUCAAGUCCUUUGCACAAUUUUGAAUAGGGUUUUUGUUGUUGUUUUAGGGAGUUCUCUGUAUAUUCUGGAUUUUAAUCACUUAGGAUAUAUAUGCCUUGCAAAUAUUUUCUCCCAUUCUGUAGGUUGCCUUUUCACUCUUGAUAGUGUCCUUUGAUGUACAAGAUUUUAAAAUUUUCAUGAAAUCCAGUUUGUCUUUCUUUUUCUUGUCCUGCCUGGGCCUGUAGUCUCAUAUUCAAGAAAUCACUGCUGAAUCCAAUGUUGUCAAACUUGUAUCCUGUCUUUUUUUCUAAAAGUUUUAUAGUUCUAUCUCUUAGUUUAAGUCUUUAAUUCAUUUUGAGUUGAUUUUUGUAUGCAGUGUUUGGGAAAGGUUCCAACUUCAUUCUUUUACACUUGGAUAUCCAGUUUUGCCAGCCUGUCGUUUCCCCAUUGAAUGGCUUUGGCACCCUUGUCAAAAAUUGAUUGUGUAUGGGAAGGUUUAUUUCUGGGCUCUGUGUUCUAUUCCAUUGGUCUUAUAUGUUUGUCUUUAUGCCAAUACCAUACUGUUUGAUUACUGUAGCUUUAUAGUCAGUUGUGAAAUUUAGAAGCGUGAGCCUCAGCUUUGUUCUUUUCAAGAUUAUUUUGGCUCUUUGGGGCCUAUUGAAAUUCCAUAUGAAUUUUAGGAUAGAUAUUUGUUUCUGCAAAAAAUGUCAUUGUGAUUUUGAUAGUGAAUGCAUUGAAGUUGUAGAUCACUAUUGACAACUAUAUCAAGUCUU